AACAAACCAGCGGGACCCGGUCCUUCUGCUUCCCACCAUGGGAUGCUGCGGUGAAGACAACGACGACAACCUCCUGGAGCCACUCCUUCCCCCGAACCCUAAUCCCUUCCCCCAAAUCCCCGACUCCUCCCUUUCCUCUUCCUCCUCCACUUCCCCCUCUCCAUCGUCGCCAUCGUCAUCACCGUCUCUUUCGUCGUCUUCCGAGGUGAUCUCGCCCAUGAACUCCCACUUUUCGGCGCUCUCCUCCGGCGACCUCCUCCGGUCGAUCCUGGCGUCCCUGCCCCCUGCGGACCUCGCCCGGGCGGCGUGCGUGUGCCGACUCUGGCGGGCCGUGGCGUCGGACCGGGAGAUGCUGGAGCGCGCCUUCCGGGCGCCGUGGAGGGUGCGCCGCGUCCUCGGGACCCCCUCAUCCGCCGCCUUCUGGCGCCACCCUGCCCUCUCCCGCUUCGCGAUCUCCCACCGCCUCCUCCGCGGCGACACCGUCGCCGGCCUCGCCCUCAAGUACUCCGUCCAAGUGAUGGAUAUAAAACGCUUAAACAAUAUGAUGAGCGACCAUGGCAUCUACUCAAGAGAGAGGCUUCUGAUACCGAUAGGAGACCCACAACUACUUUUCGGCAGUACCUGCUACAUCGAGCUGGAUGAGCACGCCAAAAGAGAAGUUGCCGUCUUGUAUUUAGAAAGCGGCCCUAAUUGGAAGCCCGAUAAUAACACAAACAAUGUAAUUUCCAACCGACGCUGGAGGAAGGUACUCGAAUCAGUGAGGCGAAGCAUGCAAGUAGAUGAAGGAACUGCAGAGUACUACUUGUCCGUAUCAAAUGGUGACCCGAGGGCCGCCAUGCUGCAGUUCUCAGAGGACCUCAGGUGGGAGCGGCAGACGGGGCAUAUUUAGAUGGAUUGGAUGUAAAUAAAAUGUGAAGCACGAGUGGAGUAUCUAUAUUCUUUCAUCGUGCACUUCUAGAUAUAUGCAAGUCCGAAUGUUGUUCGACGUAUUAUGUAAGAUACCAUUUGGAAUCUGCAAAUUAUAAAUCUGUAUCUUGGAGGUUCAAUCAACAAUUACUUCUUCAAA